AUGCUGCGGCAGGUUCUGCACAGGGGCUUGAGGACGUGUUUCUCCCGGCUUGGCCACUUCAUUGCCAGUCACCCGGUCUUCUUCGCCUCGGCGCCGGUGCUCAUCUCCAUCCUGCUCGGCGCCAGCUUCAGCCGCUACCAGGUCGAGGAGAGCGUGGAGCACCUGCUGGCGCCCCAGCACAGCCUGGCCAAGAUUGAGCGCAACCUCGUCAACAGCCUCUUCCCGGUCAACCGCUCCAAGCACCGGCUCUACUCGGACCUGCAGACCCCCGGGCGCUACGGCCGGGUCAUCGUCACCUCCUUCCAGAAAGCCAACAUGCUGGACCAGCAUCACACAGACCUGAUCUUAAAGUUGCAUGCUGCUGUGACCAAGAUCCAGGUUCCAAGGCCUGGUUUUAAUUACACGUUUGCCCAUAUAUGUAUCCUGAAUAAUGAUAAGACUUGCAUCGUGGAUGACAUAGUGCACGUCCUGGAAGAGCUAAAGAAUGCUCGGGCCACCAAUCGGACCAAUUUUGCUAUCACGUACCCGAUCACGCACUUAAAGGAUGGGAGGGCCGUGUACAAUGGGCACCAGCUUGGGGGCGUCACUGUGCACAGCAAAGACCGGGUGAAAUCUGCAGAAGCCAUCCAGCUCACCUACUACCUGCAGUCAAUCAACAGUCUCAAUGACAUGGUGGCCGAGAGGUGGGAAUCUAGCUUCUGUGACACUGUCAGACUGUUCCAGAAAUCUAACAGCAAAGUCAAAAUGUACCCUUACACAUCCUCGUCACUGAGGGAAGAUUUCCAGAAGACCAGUCGCGUGUCAGAACGUUAUCUGGUCACCAGCCUGAUCCUGGUGGUCACCAUGGCCAUCCUCUGCUGCUCUAUGCAAGACUGUGUCCGCAGCAAACCCUGGCUAGGCCUGCUUGGGCUGGUGACCAUAAGCCUGGCCACUCUCACUGCAGCCGGGAUCAUCAAUCUUACUGGUGGGAAAUACAAUUCCACCUUCCUGGGAGUCCCUUUCGUCAUGCUAGGUCAUGGAUUAUAUGGGACUUUUGAAAUGUUAUCCUCCUGGAGGAAAACUAGAGAAGACCAACAUGUUAAAGAGAGAACUGCAGCAGUCUAUGCAGACUCCAUGCUCUCCUUUUCUCUCACCACUGCCAUGUACCUGGUCACCUUUGGCAUAGGGGCCAGCCCGUUCACGAACAUUGAGGCAGCCAGGAUUUUCUGCUGCAAUUCCUGUAUUGCAAUCUUCUUCAACUACCUCUAUGUACUCUCGUUUUAUGGUUCCAGCCUGGUGUUCACUGGCUACAUAGAAAACAAUUACCAGCAUAGUAUCUUCUGUAGAAAAGUCCCAAAGCCUGAGGCAUUGCAGGAGAAGCCGGCAUGGUACAGGUUUCUUCUGACAGCCAGAUUCAGUGAGGACACAACUGAAGGCGAGGAAGCGAACACUUACGAGAGUCACCUAUUGGUAUGUUUCCUCAAACGCUAUUACUGUGACUGGAUAACCAACACCUAUGUCAAGCCUUUUGUAGUUCUCUUUUACCUUAUUUAUAUUUCCUUUGCCUUAAUGGGCUAUCUGCAGGUCAGUGAAGGGUCAGACCUUAGUAACAUCGUAGCAACUGCGACGCAAACCAUUGAGUACACUACUGCCCAGCAAAAGUACUUUAGCAACUACAGUCCUGUGAUUGGUUUUUACAUAUAUGAGUCCAUAGAAUACUGGAAUACUAGUGUCCAAGAAGAUGUUCUAGAAUAUACCAAGGGAUUUGUGCGAAUAUCCUGGUUUGAGAGCUAUUUAAAUUACCUUCGGAAACUCAACGUAUCCACUGGCUUGCCUAAGAAAAACUUCACAGACAUGUUAAGAAAUUCCUUCCUGAAAGCUCCCCAAUUUUCACAUUUUCAAGAGGACAUCAUCUUCUCUAAAAAGUACAAUGAUGAGGUCGAUGUAGUGGCCUCCAGAAUGUUUUUGGUGGCCAAGACCAUGGAAACGAACAGAGAAGAACUCUAUGAUCUCUUGGAGACCCUGAGGAGACUUUCUGUCACCUCCAAGGUGAAGUUCAUUGUCUUCAAUCCAUCCUUUGUGUACAUGGAUCGAUAUGCCUCCUCUCUGGGAGCCCCCCUGCACAACUCCUACAUCAGUGCUUUGUUCCUGCUCUUCUUCUCGGCAUUCCUGGUGGCGGAUUCUCUGAUUAAUGUCUGGAUCACUCUAACGGUUGUGUCCGUGGAGUUUGGAGUGAUAGGUUUCAUGACAUUGUGGAAAGUAGAACUGGACUGCAUUUCUGUGCUAUGCUUGAUUUAUGGAAUUAACUACACAAUUGACAAUUGUGCUCCCCUGUUAUCCACAUUUGUUCUGGGCAAGGAUUUCACAAGAACUAAAUGGGUAAAAAAUGCCCUGGAAGUGCAUGGGGUAGCUAUUUUACAGAGUUACCUCUGCUAUAUUGUUGGUCUAAUUCCUCUCGCAGCUGUGCCUUCAAAUCUGACCUGUACACUGUUCAGGUGCUUGUUUUUAAUAGCAUUUGUCACCUUCUUUCACUGCUUUGCCAUUUUACCUGUGAUACUGACUUUCCUGCCGCCCUCUAAGAAAAAAAGGAAAGAGAAAAAAAAUCCUGAAAACCGGGAGGAAAUUGAGUGUGUAGAAAUGGUGGAUAUAGAUAGUACCCGAGUGGUUGACCAAAUUACAACAGUGUGA